AUUUCUAACCUAAUUUGUUUCGACGUCGAUGCACUUACGUAAUUAUUUUUAUAGCAAUCUGCAUGCUAACAAACAAGGGAAAAAAUUGGAAAUAAUAUAAACAUUAUAUUAUAGAGACGUUUUUAAAUAAAUAAAAGAAAAGGAUGGCAAAGUUUUGUCUGAAGAAACCAAGUAAACGCAUACCGGCAAGAAAGAGAUAUAAAAUAGAAAAGAAGGUCAGGGAACAUAAUCGAAAGAUGAGGAAAGAAGCUAAAAAAAAAUUGAAAGGAAAGCCUAAGGUAAUUGAAGUUCCAAAUCAGUGUCCAUUUAAAGAAGAUAUACUCAAAGAAGUAGAAGCAAUGAAAAAGCAAAAUGAGGAAGAGAAGAAAAAACAGCGCGAAGCUGCACGACAAAAGAAACGUGAUGAACUUGCAAGGAAUGGCCUACAAGGAUUGGUACAAGAGGCACAAAAGAAAGACAAUGAACAUGACAUAGCUAUGGAUACGGAUGACAAAAGUCAAGAAAUUAAAAACGCUGUUGCCAGAGAAGAAAAUUCAUUGAAGGCAUAUUACAAAGAAUUUAAGAAAGUUUUAGAUGCUGCUGACGUUAUUUUAGAAGUUGUUGACGCACGAGAUCCAUUAGGUACUAGAUGCAAACAGGUAGAAGAAGCUGUACAAUCGGCAAAGGGUAAUAAGAGAUUAGUUAUAGUGUUGAAUAAAGCGGAUCUUGUACCACGAGAAAAUUUAGAUCAAUGGUUGAAGUAUUUGCGUGGGAGUUUACCAGCGAUUGCAUUUAAAGCUUCUACUCAAGAUCAAGCCAAAAGAUUAGGCAGGAGAAAAUUGGGAAAGAAAACAGAGCACAUGAUUCAAGGUGGAACAUGUUUUGGUGCUGAAUUAUUAUUAUCCUUACUAGGAAAUUAUUGUAGAAAUAGUGGUAAUGUAAAGACAAGUAUUCGGGUAGGAGUUGUUGGACUUCCGAAUGUAGGAAAAUCGAGUGUUAUUAAUUCUCUAAAACGAAGUAGAGCGUGUAAUGUUGGAAGUACACCAGGAGUCACAAAAGCAAUGCAAGCAGUACAAUUGGACUCAAAAAUAAAAUUAUUAGAUUCUCCUGGUAUAGUUUUUGCUGGUCGUCAAUCGUCAAAUGAAGAUGAUUCGUCCGUAGCUCUUAAAAAUGCAGUAAAGGUUCAAGCUCUUAAGGAUCCCUAUACACCAGCUAUUGCAAUUUUGCGAAGAAUUUCUAAACAGCAAAUCAUGGAAUUAUACGAUAUCCCUGAAUUUUCUACACCCGAGGAAUUUUUUGCUUUGAAAGCAAAAAGAAUGGGAAAAUUUAAGAAAGGUGGCGUUCCAAAUCAAUUAGCCGCUGCACGAUGUGUUUUAGAAGAUUGGAAUUCAGGAAAAAUUAGGUAUUAUACAGUGCCACCUGAACAGCCAAUAUGCCACUUAUCCGCAGAGAUUGUCAGUAAAAUGGCUAAAGAAUUUGAUAUUGAAAGUUUUGCUGCUGAAGAAAGAAUGAUGUUAGAUAAUGUAGAAGCAGCAAAUAAAGAGAGUAUAAAGGAACCUGUAUUAUUUGACAGUACGGGGCCUGUUACAUCAGUUAUGGAAGUGGAAAUUCAGAAAGAUGCAGAAUUCAAGUUACAAAAAAGAUUAAAGAAGAAGCUCGAGACUAAGCCCAAAUUAACUUCUACCGAGCAAAAGAAAAAAACGGAUCCGCUAUUUGAAUUGGAGGGUAAUCAAAAAUUAAAUAGACUACAGAAGCUUCAAUACAAGAAAGAUAAAAAAGAUAAAGCUCGAAGAGAGAAAGCAACUGCAACACUAGCGGAUAAAUUGGGAGAAUUUAAUCUGACGACAUCCGAAAAUUAUGAUUUCAAUACUGAUUUUACAGCAACGUAAAUUAACACCUGUUCAAUUUAAUUCCUAUGAUCUUUAAAAGCCUUUGAUGUAUUGUAUAUCCUGUAUAAAAAAAGUCAAUCUAAGAUAACAAAUGAAAAAUAAAAAUAAUCGUUCACAACAUGAGAUAUAUAAAUAAAACUUUUUAAUUGUUUAUCUAUCAA